CACUAUCUGCUUUAACACGAACGCUGGUCGGAGAGGCGCAAGAGGAUUUCAGAGGCGGUGCCGCUCCCCGUGUGGACGAAGAAUGCAGACGAUAAAGUGUGUAGUGGUGGGUGACGGGGCGGUUGGCAAAACAUGCCUUCUAAUUUCCUACACAACAAACGCCUUUCCCGAGGAGUACAUCCCUACUGUGUUUGACAACUACAGCGCUCAGAUGAGCGUUGACGGCCGUACGGUAAGCCUUAACCUUUGGGACACGGCAGGGCAGGAGGAAUACGACCGUCUGCGCACACUCUCCUACCCGCAAACAAACGUCUUCAUCAUUUGCUUCUCCAUCGGAAGCCCCUCCUCCUAUGCUAAUGUUCGCCACAAGUGGCACCCGGAGGUGUCACACCACUGCCCGAGCGUACCCAUCCUUCUGGUGGGCACCAAAAGGGAUCUACGUUCCGACACGGAAACGGUUAAGAAGCUCAAGGAGCAAGGGCUCAUGCCAACGACCCAGCAGCAGGGCAGCGCGCUAGCCAAGCAGAUCGGCGCCUUCAAGUACAUGGAAUGUUCCGCGCUUCUCCAAGAGGGCGUACGGGAGGUGUUUGUAGAGGCCGUACGUGCGAUGCUGUAUCCUGUGACCAAAAAGAAUACCAAGAAGUGCGUGCUCUUAUAGUCUGUGCAUUGGUGACUGCCAGCGGAUAUGAACUUGACCGCAGUCGAAAAUCAGCCGCGCAGGGAGUGUAUCCAUCCCUUUUUAUUUAUGCCUCUUUAAUUGCUCUUUCAGGUCACUGUGGCUUUGUUGAUGCCUCGUUUCUUCAUAUUAUUUUAAAUCAGUCAGCCAAAGUUCCUCACCUGUUUCUGAUUAUUAAUAACAAUGUAUUACCAGCACCACUCAAUGAAAAAAAACAUUUGCAAACAAAUUAACGAUUUUCCAGCAGGAGCGUGUUGCGCUUCCUUUGCCUUGUAUUCCAAUGCCUUUGCAUUCAGAUAAAUGUGCAAUAUAAUGAAGACUGUUGUGCGACCAAGGCUUAUAUAUGCAACGAGUUUGUCUUCAGGCCUCUGAUGAAAACGGAUCAGUCUUUGAUUAAAGUUGUUAUGUGGGACGUUUCCCCAUCAAAUGUGCCUUUGAAAUGGAUUUUAAAAUAUAUAUAUAUAUAUAUAUUUUUUUUUUUUUUUAAGUAUAUAUUGUAUUUUUACCAUAUAUGUUCGAGUAUCACCAAAGCGAUAUUUGAAAGAGUUGUAAAAAAUAAUGGAUUGUUUGGGUUGCAUUGGUUUAAGGCUGACUCUUAUGAAAUGUCUAGAUUUUAUUUCAACCCAAAAACAAAAUAAAUGUUAUUUUUCACAAAUGCAUAUUUUAGGUCCAUUAACAUUUUGAAUUGUGACAAUAAUUUAAUGGCUAUUAAGCAUGUUUUAACCCAGGUAAUUAUUAAUGCAUAUAAUUAAGUAAUGGAAAUAAUCCUGUGAAAAUACAAAGAUUUUACAACAAUGUUGUAUUUGUGAACAUAAGGUAUCAUGAACUAACAAUUAAGAAUAUUUAUUAACAGCAUUUACUAAAAGAAUAUUCCAGAUUCAAUACAAGUAAAGCACAACCGAUAGCAUUUGUGGCAUAAUGUUGAUUACCUCAAAAAAAUAUUUCGUCUCGUUUAAAAAAGAAAAGAAAAGCAAAACUCUGGGUUACAGUGCGGCACUUACAAUGGAAGUGAAUGGGGCCAAUCAGUCAAUGUUAAAAUACUGUUUUAAAAGUAUAGCCACAAGACAUAAACAACAUGUGUGUUAACAUGAUUUUAAUGUGAUAAAUUCACUUACUAACCUUUUCUGUGCAAAGUUAUGUCCAACUGUACAACUUGUUGCCAUGACAACGUAACGUCGAACACCCUAAACAACCAUAAAAACGACAAUUUAACAACUUUACAGCUCAAAUAAUACACAAGUUUUAACAGAAGAAUUAAUAUAUGUUCUUUUAUAUAAUUAUAAGCUUCACAUUUCUGCCUUUUAAACACUCAAAACUGGCCCCAUUCACUUCCAUUGUAAGUGUCUCACUGUAACCUCGAUUUUCGCUCUUUUGUUUUUCUUUUUAACGAAAAAGAGGGACGAGUCGAUUUAAAAAAAACAACAACAUUUUUUGGUAAUCAACAAAUGCUGUUGAUUGAGUAACUUGUACUGAUCCUGGAAUAUUCGUUUAAUCUCAGUUAAUGUUAAUUUAAAAAAAAUACAACUAUUCAAUGUUAGUUUAUAAUGCAUAACUAAUGUUAACAUAUGCAUAUGAUUACCAUUAGUUAUGCGUAACUAAUGUUAUGUAUUAUACACCGUGUAUAUAUAUAUAUAUAUAUAUAUAUAUAUAUAUAUAUAUAUAUAUAUAUAUAUAAACUGCAUAAAUUAUGUACACUUAAAAUUGUAUUUUAGAAUUUAAAAAUCAAAUUUUUUCGUAUUAUGGAAAUUACAAUGGGAAUAUGCUUUGCCAUAAAAAAAAAUAAUGCCACAAUGCAAAAUAAUUUAAAUUUCUUCGUUUUGUAAGGCUUUUUCUUUUGGGGUGAAAUACGACUAGGACAUGUUCUCAGAACAGUUUCGUGGGAUCCAUCUUUAAUCAUGUGACAUCAGUGAGGGAGUCAUUCUGAGAAUUGUGCCUUAUGGAAACAUCUCAACGAAAGGCUCUUAAUGGCUUCAUCCCACUGCGACGCUAAACAAGUAUUAUAGUCAUUUACGUAUUAUCAGCACAUCAAAUUUGGGUAUUUCCUUGUUAGAGUUUCUCUGUGAAGAGAUUGUAAGUCAGGUUGACCUGCAUGCCUUACUGAAGUUCACAACAAAGCCUUUGCCCUACAGUUUGCCUUACUUUCUGCUGUCAUGUCACUUUGAUUUAGGCUUCCCUUGAUUUUUUUUAUUCUCCACGAGAGUCGACUGUAGUAAACGCCUCAUUCCUCGCUGCAUUGUGUCUCGGUGUGACACAAAAUAUUUUGAAUUCGUCUUCUAGACCAAAGACUGAGUAGCAGGCAUGCGUGACUGCCGUUGCGCUAAUCCACUGCAUCCAUAGUACAAACCCAACACCAAGACAAGUUUGGUUUUGCAUUUCGAGAGGCCAAAGUCUGCCACAUGAUUCCUAUCAACAACAUUGGCAGAUGUUUAAUUCAUCUUGAUCUAAACAUGGAAAAACCAAGUUAACCUGCAUUAAAUGUACGUCAAUAUUGCCUCACUCACACAAUCUCAAGAUAUAAGAUGUUUUCCAAUAUUAUUUUCGUAACUUCCACUUUCCACUCAUCUCGACAAUUAAAAAUGUAAUUGCGCGCAGUGUGUGAGCUGCUUGUUAUGUUGCGUCUGUUUUACUCUGGUGUAAAAGUCCUUGACCUGUUAUUGUGUUUUUUUGCAUUCUUAGUCUGAAGUUGUGGUUAAACAUUUUGCAAAACUGACAUUGCUGAAUGGCAUUGUGGUAUGAAAACAGACACUGUUGAAACCUGAGACAAAAUUUCAUAAACCGCAGAUGUUUUAUAACUGAUAUAGUCAAAGUUUGAAAAUGCCUUGCAUUUUUAAUGUGCUUUUAAUAUUACGCUUUUCUUGUCUGUCUGCCAAAUGUGGCCAAAGAGUGCCUUUGGAUACAAAGAUUUAUUGUGGAAUAACUGGACUUGUAUAUGCCAACGUUUGAGUCACACCUGAUAUGAAACGCAACAAUGUUUGUAUCUAUCGAUGAGAUCAUUCCCUGUUUUGAUUUGAGUUUGAAUUUAUUCCAUGUUGCCAAACUGAAUUAAAGCAUUGUAUUGUUGUUAAGGUUAAAUGAUGUCAGGGAAAUGCUCUCAGAAAUUAAAUCUGUGCAAACGUUGAUAUUAUUACUAGGUGUGACUGUGUGCAAGGGGGAAUGAGUGACUGUGACUGUGUACUUGUGAACUGGUUUUUGUUUCAUCACUUCAGUGUAAUGUGUUGUCAUAAGCGGACAGUAAGGCCUCACGCUGCAUGCUGUCUGUGGUUUAUGGUAUGUGGUACUACAUUUAUACACUGGGAACUUGAUUUUGUCAAUAUUACCUUUUUUUAUAACCAAAAAUAAAUUGUAUAAAUGAACUAACCAUGAAAUUAUUUUAAAUUAUGCUGAAUAAAUUUUUACGUAGUUUA